AAUUAAACCGUCGAUUCGCGCUUACGGAGCCCCCCACAAAACAAUGGCCGGCCCUCCUCCCAACCCGCUUUACCCUACCCAGUUCCGAAGCAAGUUCGGUCCCAAGUACCACUACAAACCCAGCGUUGCCGGCCUGAACUUCACCCAGCUCUCCCGAAUUGGUGUCAAGCUCGGUGCUUUCGGCGGCGUCGCCCUAUUCGGCGUCAUCUUCAUUGCCUCCAACGUCCCCAGGCUACGUAGGGACGUUCUCCAGAACGUUCCCGUCAUUGGUGGUCUCUUCGUCAAGGAGCCCCUCCCCGCCUCCGACAACCCUUUCUAAAUGUACCACCCACCGACAACUUGGCGAUGGACGGGAUUCGGAGAGCGAGAUGCCAAGAGGGAAUGCCUCGGUCAAGGCAGUUGUACAACUCUCUGGUUGAAUAGAUUCUAGACCAUU